CGUGCGUUCAUGCCAAGCGGUCGUCGCAGCUCCCCAAAAAUAUAAAUAAAAGCUGAAGACUUAUAAUAAGCCGCGCGUGUGUUUCCAAUACAUUUCCCCCACAACUCCCAUUCCAAAAAUAAAGAAAGAAACACAAUAUAAAAAUUAAAGUGCUAACAAAAUACAUCAAAACAAAUAAUACCGAAUUCUAACGGUUCUGCCGAGUGUGUUUGUCAUAUAAUUUUUUUUUUUUGCUUGUGAAAAUGCUGGUGCAAAAUAUAUAAAUAAUUCCUGUUAACCCGAAUUGGAUUUUAUAUUGUUUUUUUUUGUUGUUUGUGUGGAGUGAAAGUGAAGCAGGCCGAAAAACAGAGAAGCAACGCAAAAGACAUCGCAGGAACGUCGUGCCCAGCCAAUUAGCAUAUAUAUAUCUACAUAUAUAUAGAUAUAUAUAGAUAUCGCAACGGAGCGAUAUGAUGCGCAGGACUUUGGUGCUGGCAACGCUGCUCUCGCUGCUGGCAACGCCGCAGGCGGCCAUCGACAAGGACGACGGCAAGUUUCCGCCGGGCAGACAUAACCUAAGUUCCGCUUCCGCCGACCAGCACAAUGUGAUUAACCUCCGUCUGCACGGCGCUGUCCCUUCCGCCACUCUGCUACCCCAAACUGGUGACCCCAAACCACCAACCCUCAGCUACGAUCUGUCCCAGACGCGUCGCCUGAGGGACGCCCUCAACGUCUUCGAUCUCGCCAUCCUGGCCGCCCAGUGGGGCCAGGUGGAGAGCGCCGGCGGCGUGUCCGCCAACUGCAGUCGCGACAUGAGGAGCUAUCUGGGCGGACUCAGCGAUGCCAAGAUGUGGGCCGUCAAGAUGGACGAUGCUUCCGGUCACUAUACAUCCGGUUUCUUCUACGGCAACAACUACUGGAUGGGUUCGUUGGCCCUGUGCGAUGCCAUUGACGAUGGCCAGAUCGUUGCACCCGGCAAGGACAACAGCUCCUCGCCAGCCACAUCCUCUCCAGACGGCGAGACCAAGAACAGCGGCCUGCCCUUCGCCGCCGCCCACACCCAAGGAUACAGCAGUGUCUACAACGCCCCGCCGCCCUUUCUACCCGGUUUCUAUGUGAUCAAGAUGCAGCUCAACGAGACGCUGCCCACCCAAGUGCUGCGCACCAUUUACGUGGGCAUGUGCCUGCCCUCCAGCUGCUCCAUUGCGGACAUCGACCGGAUGAGCACCUGGGCGCAUGUGGAGCUGCCGACGCGGGAUCUGCGUGUCCUGGACAUCCGCGUGCCCACCGACAAGGAGUUCAACAUCUGGGCGGACAAGACCUUCUGCCUGCUGAUUGUGGUAUCUGGCAUUGUGCUGGCCUUGAUUUGCUGCGGCACCCUGUUCGAGAUUUACCUGAGGCGCCAGCUGAAGGAGGCACUGCGUCGCCAGGACAAGGAGAUGAUGAACAACAGCGAGACGAGCUCGGGAAUCGGCUGUGCCUCGUCCGAUUACAGCGACACAAUGACCGCUCACGAUGAUCCCCUCAAGCAAUCGGAUCACUCGCAGUCCUCGAAUUCGCUGAAGCAAUUGGACGCUUUGGUGCUGAAUUUGCCACCGAAUGAUAAUGACAGCGGCAAUGGACACCACCACGAUCACGAUGCGGAUCACGAUCACCACGAUCAUCAUCGCAGCGGCAGCAACAAUAGCAACUCGGAUGAGCACCUGGAGGGGCAUCUGCAUGAGCCGGAGAAGUUGAGCAUCUACUCGGAGCUGCUGCUCUCCUUCUCGGCGAUAACGAACUUCAAUGCCAUCUGCGAUCGCAAUGUGGGUGCGGAUACCAUUCCGUGCAUCCAUGGACUGCGCGCCUUCAGCAUGGCCUGGGUCAUACUGGGACACACGUGCAUCGUCGUCUUCAAGUACUCCGACAACAUGGAGAUGCGCAAGGAGGUGGAGCAGAACUUCUUCUUCCAGGCCAUCACCAAUGGGCCGUUCAGCGUGGACACCUUCUUCUUCAUCAGCGGCUUCCUCAUCUCGUACAUCUACUUCCGCACGAAUGCCAAGGGCAAGUUGAACAAGUUGAGCAAGGGUGCCAAUGAGUUUACGGCUGGAACUGCACACUUCUUCGGCCUGGUCGCCUAUCGGUUCAUGCGCCUCACCGCCCCCUAUCUGUUCGUCCUGGGCGUGGUCCAGGUGACCAUGAAGUACCUGGCCACCUACUCGAUCUUCGACCCCCCCACCAUGGACCACAUCACCUGCCCGGACUACUGGUGGCGCAACAUCCUCUACAUCAACACCCUGUUCCCUGUCGAUGAGAUGUGCAUGCUCUGGAGUUGGUAUCUGGCGAAUGACACGCAGUUCUACAUGAUCGGCGCCAUCAUCCUGAUUGUGGGCGUGCGGCACUUCAAGCUCUCGGCCAUCACGACGCUGGUGUUCCUGGUGCUGUCGUGGAUCACCACGGCGGUGAUUGCGUUCACCAACAACCAUCGGCCGAACACAGACGAUCCGCUGGCGCUGUUCGACAAGAUCUACGACAAGCCAUGGACUCGCUUGGGUCCCUAUCUGAUUGGCAUGGCCGUGGGCUGGAUUCUGUUCCGGACCAACUGCAAGAUCCGUUUGCCCAAGCUGACGGUGGCCACCGCCUGGACACUGGCCAUGCUCAACCUGUUCGUGCUGGUCUUUGGGCUGUACAAGGCCGACCUGUCGCAGUUCACCGCCGCCGCCUACAGCUCGCUGAGCCACUCGGCCUGGGCGCUCUCGCUGGCCUGGAUCACCAUCGCCUGCUCCACGGGCUACGGCGGCUACAUUAACUCGCUGCUCUCGGCGCCCUGCCUCUAUCCCUUCUCCCGCGUCACCUACUGCGCCUACCUGGUCCACCCGAUCGUCAUCCGCUCCAUGGCGCUCAACUCGGAUGCGCCGCUUCACCUGGGCGGGGAUCUGAUGGUUGUCAUGUUCUUCGGUCUGACGGUGGCCUCCUACUUCCUGUCCUUCGUGGUGUCGAUGUCCUUUGAGGCGCCCGUCGUCACAAUGCUGAAGAUCCUGUCGCCCAGUCGAAAGAAACGCCUCGCCUAAGUACUGAGUACUGAGUGCUGAGCCCAGGAUCCGCCCAUUUCCGAUUAUUUAUACCCUCCAUUUUGUCAUGUUAUCUAUUUCUUGUCUAUCAAACAAUGCCCACAUAUUUAUAGCAUCGACUCAUCUGCACCCUCGACUUUUUCGGAUCGUUAUCCUCCUCCUAUACAUGUUCUUUUCACUCUGCACCACAUUUUACACUCACAGUGUGUUCCAGUUACGAAUAGUAAAACAAAAGUUACAAAAAAAAGAAAGAAAAACAAAAAAAAACACAAACAAAGAAAUCAAAUCGAGGAAAACAUGACGUGCAACUUGAAGCGUGCAAAUCAAUUCCAACUAUUUUUGUCAUAUUUUUGUUACAUGAUGAGUACAUUUUAGUCCUUUAAUUUAUUCCGAAGGUUUGGAAAUUUUGCGCGUGACGAAGAGAGAGUUAUACAUAGUACUUUAUAGUUAUAAUUAUAUAAAACUCUAGUACCUAAUUUUAUGAAAUCAUGUUGUAUAUA